AUGGAAAAAUAUAUGAUUAUAUCGCCUAUAGGCGAAGGUUCAUUUGCAAAAGUUUAUCGUGGGCGUGAAAAAUAUACUGGACGAGAUGUUGCAUUAAAAUUUAUUUCAAAAUUAGGUAAAACUGAAAAAGAUUUAUAUUUUUUACGACGUGAAAUUGAUAUACUUCGAAAAAUGAAACAUGAAAAUAUUGUUGAUAUGAUUAAUAGUUUUGAAACAAAUAAUGAAAUUGUUGUCGUUACAGAACGUGGUUUAGCUGAUCUUUAUCAAUUAUUAGAAGAUGAUGUUAGUUUACCAGAAGAAACGGUACAAAAAAUUGCUUGUCAAUUAGUAUCAGCUCUUUAUUAUUUACAUUCUCAUCGUGUUCUUCAUCGAGAUAUGAAACCACAAAAUAUAUUAAUAUUUCCUGGAGGAAAAGUUAAAUUAUGUGAUUUUGGUUUUGCUCGAAAUAUGACGAUGGAAACAAUGGUAUUAACAUCGAUUAAAGGUACUCCAUUAUAUAUGUGUCCAGAACUUGUUGAUGAAAAACCAUAUGAUCAUUCAGCAGAUUUAUGGGCACUUGGAUGUAUAUUAUAUGAAGUUUAUCAUGGUAAACCUCCAUUUUUUACCAAUAAUGUUUUUCAUUUAAUAAAAAUGAUUGGAAAAGAAUCUGUAAAAUGGCCAAAACCAAUAAGUUCUGAUAUGCGUAAUUUUUUAGAAGGUCUUCUUACAAAAGAUUCUACUCAACGUUUAACAUGGCCAGAUUUAUUACAUCAUUCAUUUGUUCGAACAGGAGUUAAAGUACCACUUUUAACUGAAUCAAUUAUUGGUCCAUUAACACAACCACCUACUGAAGAACAACGUAUUUUAAAACAACAACAAAUUAAAGCUAAAGGUGUAUCACGUGGUCCAUCGAAACUUCUUUCAAAAUUUAUGCCAGAUGAACAUCGAAAAGAUAUACAAAAAUCACCUGGAAAUAAAGAUAAAAAUCAAAAGAAAACAAAAAUUCCAACUAUACAAAAUAAUGAAAUUGAAACUCCAUUACUUCAACCACCACCUAUUGAAUCAAAAAUAAAUCAAUCAACACAUAUUCCUGAUUCUUUAAUAAUACAAGAAGAUAAAUUUGUAUCAUCCGUACGUGAAAAUGUUAAUACAUCAAUAUUAACAAAUCGAACAAUUGAUGAACAACAAAUAGAACAAUAUGCUGAACAAAUUGAAAUAAUAACAAAUGAACAAUUAUUAAAUUUACUUCAUCAAGAAUCAUUUUAUAAAUUAUUUGAAAUAAUUCAACCAAUUAUUUUAUCAAAAUUAUUAGAAUGUACAUUAAAUGGUGCUUCAUUUUAUCGUAAUAUGAUGAAAAUAAUUCGUUUUAUAUUACAAUCAGAUAUGGAUCCACAUUUAAUUAUAUCAUUUACAAAUACAAUUCAUAUACCUGAUUUACCAUUAAAACAUCUUAAAGCUAUUUUAGAUCAUUCAACAAUUCGAAAAGAACCAUGGUUUUCUCAUAUUCUUUAUGAUAUAUUAAUUGUUAUACGUCUUUGGUUUGAAUUAAUAACAGCAUAUACACUUCAACAAUUAGAUGAAGAACAAUGUAAAUUUUAUUUAAUAAUGUCACAUGAAUUUCUUGAACAAACAUCAACUAUAUUAAAUAUUGCAUCAUCAUUAGAUUAUAAUAGUUGUUGUGAAACAUUAAUGAUAUUAAUUAUACUUUGUGAAUCAUAUGAAGAUGCAUCACCAUUACUUUGUCAAGCAUGGUAUGAUCCAAUACGUUUAGAUAAAUGUCAAAUAUGGCCAGCUAUUGCUCAAUUAAUAACAACUAGUUUUAAAUCAGAAAAUUCAAAUAUAGAAAUUUAUAAUGAAACAUUAAUGUAUACUGUUGCUACUAUGGCUGCUCUUACUUAUCCAUCACAAUGUUUACCAGAUGAAUUACUUGAAGCAAAAAUUAAAGUAGCAAAUUCACUUGCAUUAAAAUUACUUGAUUCAAAUUAUACAGCAUUUCGUGAAGUUUGGCUUGGUCAAUAUCAUACACCUAAAUGUUGUUCAAAUAUUCUUAAAGCUAUGUAUGGAAUGUGUUUAUCAACACCACGUUUUAGUGCAUUUAUAUUUGAUGGUUCAUUUCUAUCAAAUGAACUUCUUAGUUUACUUCGUGGUCAAAUAACAACAGAAGAAUCAGAUUUUGAUGAAGCUAUUGAAUUAUCAAUUCAUAUUAGUACUGUUCUCAUAAAACAAAUCAUAUUACAAUAUGAUAAUAAUACACGAAUUGAUCUACGAAAUCAAACAACAAUCAAAGAUGAUCGUAAAUUUGAAAAACUUCAACCAAUAACUGCUCAUAUAGCUCAAUUGGCUAUGACAACUCAAGCACUACCUCAACGUGCUGCUUGUGCUCUUCAUCUUGUUUAUGCUAUUGCAUGUGGUGCUAAAUUUCUUUUAAAUCCAGAAGAAUAUAUUGAUAGUCUAUCGACUAUAUUUGUUCAAUCAGAAUGUGAUUUUAUUGUUCGAUUUCCAUUUAAUCAUGGACUUCUUGAUGGUUUAAUUAUGUUAAUAUUUCAUAUUGUACAAAUAGAUCCACAAAAAUCCAUUGGUACUUUAAUUGAUUGUGGUUUAUUCUAUAUAUUAUGGCAACAACUUCGUGCUGCUUUUCGUUCAUUUUAUCCAAAUAGUAUGAAUGAAGAAAUAUCAUUAAUAACAACACCUGAUUGGAUUUUAAUAUCACGUGAUGGUAUUCAUCAAUUACUUCAAUUAACAUUAGAAUUAUUUUUUCAACGUAUGCAUAAAUGUUUAAGUCUAUUGAUUCAAUCUGAAAGUGUUAUGUUUGAAUCAUUAAGUAUGAUGUUAAGUAAAGAACUUACUGAACAACUUGAUGUGAAGUCAUCUUCUUUCUUAACAACUGAAGUUAUUACAUUAACAUGUAAUAUAUUUAUGUUUCCAUUUUCAAUUGAAACAAGUGAAACAUUUCUUGAACGAACAUUAGAAUUGUGUCAACGUUAUGAUAUUAUUCAAAAACUUCUUUGGGUAACCAUGACUUAUUUAUCUAUGGAUCGUAUUGAAGUACCUGUUGGUCUUAUUGCACAAUUAAGUUAUUAUCAAGAAACUGCUCGAAAAACUAUCAGUCAGAUGUUAAUGAAUGAUGUACAGUUAUGCCAAUUUUACUCAAAUGUUCUCUAUGGAACAAAUGAAAGUGAACUUAUUUUAUGCGAUACAUUUUUCACAUUUACAAAUUUAAUUAAAACGACUGAUACUGUUGUUUCAAGUAUAAGUGAUAUUCUCAGUGGGCCAAAAAAUGAUUAUGAUGUUUUAAAACGUGCUUUAUCUGGAAGUAAUUUAACAAAAGCUAAAUGUUGUUUUCUUAUGGGUCAUAUGACAAAAUCAUCUCGUUCAUUUUGUACAACACUUAAAACUCAUCCAGACAUACUUGAUCAAUUAAGACAAUGUUGUUUCGAAGAAGAUUCACAUGUUCGAAAGAUGGCAUUUUUUUUAUUGGGAAAUUUUAUUUCUACAAAUGAAAUUCUAUAUGAAUAUGUUGAUGAAUUAACACCAUUUCUUGUCCAAGCAUUAAAUGAUACUAUUUCAAAAAUUCGAUCACAUGCUGUUAAUACGCUUGGAUUUCUGGCACGUUAUCGUUUAUCCGAACGUUUAAUUGAAUUAAAAGUUCCUGAAAAAUUACUUGAUGUUGCUUGUCAUGAUACACAUGUCACUGUACAAGAAUUUGCACUACGUGUACUUAAACAAAUGUUAAAAUAUGAACAAGCAAAAGAGAUUUUACAAGAAUGUAAUGUAACGGAUAAACUUUCAAAUUUACUUUCCAAUUUAUGUACACAAGUAGAAAAUAAUCAAUAUAGUGAAGUAGAUGGACUAGUUGAUGAAUGUGAACAACUUUUGAGUAUGCUUAUUGAACAAUGUACAUGA